GUAAUUAAAAAGCCAAGGCAUCUGUUUCUUUCUUUCUUUAUAACGUGAGAGGAAGGAAGGACACCGUGGUCCGCGAGGAUGGGCUCCACCAUUUUCUUCGCCGUGCUGAUGAGAUGAGGGCCUAAAGAGAACAAACACGUUUCACAUCAUCAUCAGCCCAACUGUUCGCCUAUUUUCCCUCUGAUUUCGUGUACUUUCCGGCGAUUAGCUCAAUCGAUCUGCUUCUAUUCCAACAGCGUCUGCCAUCGUAAAGUAAUACUGUAUACUCAUCUGUGUUUUUUUUUUUUUCCCUUGUAAGUUGCUGUGGUUAAUUUAGAUUCGAAUAUGGUCGAUUUUGGGGGAAAGAGCCCAUCUUUUGAAGUGAGUUGAUGUUUAUGGAGUUUUUGGUUGAUUAGGUGGUUUUUUGGUAUGUGGGUUGCUCUGAACUGGAACUAUGGAUUCGUCGGUGUACUGUUUUUGGACUUUUGGGGAAGGAGUGAGGCUGAUCAGUAAAGAGCAAUUAAGGUCGUAUUCUCAAUUUGGGGCUUUGAUCUGAAACUCUGAUUGGGUUUCGUUUGUUAACUUUGCACUGAAUUGAUUACUCGUUCUUUGAAGUUUUGAUAGCUAUUUUAUCUCUAAGUUUAAGCCAUGGAAACGAGAUUUGGAACUGAAGCUUAUCGUCUUUAUGGUUUGGGUUCUGUGGAUUAUCCUGUGUCGGGGAAAAGGACCUCUGAAUGGGAUUUGAAUAAUUGGAAGUGGGAUGGAGAUCUUUUGAUUGCUACUCCAUUGAAUCCGGCAUCUUCCAAUCAAGUUACCCAACAAGUUUCCCCUCAUGGGAGGGGAAAUUCUUCUAAUAGCUCAUCAGCAUGCUCUGAUGAAGUGAAUCUGCAAAUUGAGAAAGGGAAGAGGGAAUUGGAGAAGCGGAGACGAGCUGUUGUUGUUGAAGAUGAGAACUUGACCGAGGAUGAAACGGGUACCCUUAGCUUGAAGCUUGGUGGGCAGGAUUAUCCGAUUAGCGAAAGGGAUAGAGGGAGCUGGGAGGGAAUGAGUGGGAAGAAGACUAAGUUGGUUGGGGGUACCACCAGUCGUGCAGUUUGUCAGGUGGAGGACUGUGGGACUGAUCUGAGCAAAGCCAAGGAUUAUCAUAGGCGACAUAAGGUUUGUGAGAUGCAUUCCAAGGCCAGCAAGGCACUCGUGGGGAAUGUUAUGCAGCGAUUCUGCCAACAGUGUAGUAGGUUUCAUGUCCUUCAGGAGUUUGAUGAGGGGAAGAGAAGUUGCCGUAGACGUUUGGCUGGUCAUAACAAACGGAGGAGGAAAACAAAUCCCGAUGCUGUUUCUAAUGGAAAUACUCUGAAUGAUGAUCAGAAUAGUGGCUAUCUACUGAUAAGUCUCUUAAGGAUUCUUUCGAACAUGCAUUCCAAUAAAUCAGAGCAAACCACCAACCAAGAUCUGCUUUCACAUCUUUUGAGGAGCUUUGCCAGCCAUUCUGCUGAACAUGGGGGUAGAAAUGUAUCUGGCUUCUUGCAGGAACAUCAGGAUUUGCUGAAUGACGGGAAUUCAAUUGCGAAUUCAGAGGUAGUCACUGCUUGGCACUCAAAUUGUCAAAGAGCUCCAAGUCCUUUUAAACAACAUCUAACAGACCCUAUUUCCGAGAUGCCACAGGAUGGUGUAUCUGGACAUGUUGCUGUGGCUGCACCUUUGCAGACACUUUCUGCGAAGCCCAGCACGAUUAACAAAUUGCCCACUUAUUCAGAAGUCCGGGACAGUAUUGCAGGGCAGACGAAGAUUAACAAUUUUGAUUUAAAUGACACAUAUAUUGACUUGGAUGAUGGCAUGGAAGACAUAGAAAGAUCACCUGUCCCCGGAAAUCCAGGCACUAGUUCCCUUGAUUGUCCAUCAUGGAGACAACAAGAUUCUCAUCAGUCGAGUCCCCCUCAGACAAGUGGGAACUCAGAUUCAGCAUCUGCACAGUCACCUUCUAGUUCCAAUGGAGAUGCUCAGAGCCGCACUGGUCGGAUUGUUUUUAAACUAUUUGGAAAGGAACCAAAUGAUUUUCCUCUUGUCCUGCGAGCACAGAUUCUUGACUGGUUAUCUCACAGUCCUACUGACAUUGAGAGCUACAUUAGGCCUGGUUGUAUCAUUCUGACAAUUUAUCUUCGUCAAGCUGAAGAUGCCUGGGAGGAACUUUGCUCUGAUUUGAGCUCCAGUUUGGUUAGGCUUCUGGAUGUUUCGGAUGACACUUUCUGGAGAACUGGAUGGAUCUUUAUCAGGGUGCAGCAUCGGAUAGCAUUUAUUUACAAUGGUUCGGUUGUUGUAGAUAGAUCCUUACAUCUCAGAAGUAACAACUCUUCAAAAAUUUUGAGUGUGACACCAAUUGCUAUAUCUGUGUCUGAAAGUGUUCAGUUUUCAGUAAAAGGCAUCAACUUGUCUCAGCCCACAGCAAGGUUACUAUGUGCUGUGGAAGGAAAGUAUCUUGUUCAGGAAGCCACUCAGGACUUGCUGGAUGCUACAGAUAAUAUUAAGGAAAAUGAUGAGCUCCACUCCAUCAAUUUUUCUUGUACUAUCACUACAGUGACUGGAAGAGGAUUUGUUGAGAUCGAAGAUCAUGGUUUUGGCAGCAGUUUCUUUCCAUUUAUAAUUGCAGAAGAGGAUGUAUGUACAGAAAUCCGAAUGCUUGAGAGUGCUAUCGAAUUUACUGAAACUGAUGCAGAUGUUGAGGUAACUGGAAAAUCUGAAACCAAAAAUCAAGCCAUGGACUUUCUUCAUGAGAUGGGUUGGCUCCUCCAUAGAAGUCAAUUGAAGUGCAGACUGGCCCAAUUGGAUCUUGACGCUGACCUCUUUGCUUUACGACGUUUUAAGUGGCUUAUAGAGUUCUCAAUGGAUCGGGAAUGGUGUGCAGUAGUAAAAAAACUCUUAGGCAUAUUACUUGAUGGCACUGUGGGGGCAGGGGAGCAUCCAACACUGAUCCUUGCAAUAUCGGGGAUGGGUCUCCUUCAUAGAGCUGUGAGGAGGAAUAGUAGGUCACUGGUGGAGCUUCUCCUUAGAUAUAUCCCUGAAAAAGUUUCAGAUAAAUCAGGAUCAGAACACAUGGUACUGGUUGGCGGAAAUCCUCAAAGCUUCUUAUUUAGACCAGAUGUUUCCGGUCCUGCAGGUUUGACUCCACUUCACAUUGCGGCUGGUAAAGAUGGUUCUGAGAAUGUGCUGGAUGCUUUAAUUGAUGAUCCGGGAAUGGUGGGAAUCGAAGCGUGGAAGAGCGCUUGUGACAGCACGGGCUUCACUCCUGAGGAUUAUGCUCGUUUGCGAGGCCACUAUUCAUACAUCCACCUUGUUCAGAGGAAGAUAAACAAGAGAACUGCUGCUGGGCAUGUGGUUGUAGACAUUCCAGGCUCCGCCUCCGAUCACAAAAACAACCAGAAGCAGAAUGUAUUGUCAGCCACUAGCUUCGAAAUUGGACGGACAGGAUUGAGACCUACUGGACAGCACUGCAAGCUCUGUGAUUCUAAGCAGACUUAUGGAAUAGCCGGCAGAUCUCUGCUGUACAGGCCGGCAAUGCUCUCAAUGGUGGCGAUUGCUGCAGUCUGUGUAUGUGUGGCACUUCUAUUUAAAAGCUCUCCUGAAGUUCUUUACGUGUUCCGUCCCUUCAGGUGGGAAAUGCUGGAAUUUGGAACAAGCUGAGGUCCAGUAACUCCAUGUUUGGUUUGAUUGGUGUUUGUUAUUUAUCUGUAUGAGAGCUUUUAGACUCUGAAGUUGAGAUCCCAGCUAUAACUGAUGCUUUGGACAUGCUUCAUAUUCAGUAAUAUAUUAUCGACAUAUUUAUUCACAUCAGGGUAUUGCAGACAA